AUGUUGCGAACGUUCUUCCAUGCUGACGAUGUCAGUUCACAGAAAAAAGUAUCCGAGAGGAUUCUUUUCAUGACUGCAGCAGCAGCACUCUUCGAAAUAGCAUACGAACAGUUCCAAAGUGUGCGGAAAGAUGGAAAGUGUGUGAAGUUGGGCAAGUGGGUCCUAAGCGAUUUCAAUUUGCUGCAGCUGAAUCGUGUUCUGUCCCUCUGCCUCUAUUGUCUUGAUAAGAAAGACCCAUCCAGUUGCCACCUCAGACGGGUGUCUGGUCCUUUACGACAACAUGAAGCGAGCGUGUUGGUGGUUACGAAUGAUAUGAGUGAUGCUCCCAAGAAUUUUCCAGAGCAGUAA